GAGGGUUUGCUGACCUGACAUGACAGAAGCACAGCAUGAGCUUAGGUGAAGUCGUCAUGCUGACAGAAAAAUUUACAUUUGAUCCAAAAGAGGGAAUUGAUAACCCUGCCAUGGUCAUCACAGACUGCAUAGACUCUGUGUGGAUUCCCAGGCCACGCAUGUGUGUUCUUAAAAGAGAAGAAGGGGAGACCUAUGACUUCAACUUGCGGGUGGAACGAGAUCGCCAUGGACACGUGAUUAGAAACGUGGUUCUAGGGGGCAUCGCAGCACGGGGUGGCCUUCGAGAUGGAGACAGACUUCUAGAGGUCAACAACUGCUACGUUGAUGAUGUUCCCCACGCUGAGGUUGCUAGGAAGAUUAAGCUUAGUGGACAGCAGUUAUGCAUGUUGGUGCUGGACGGCGAGGAGUAUGAGCAGGCUGUGACAAGAGGUCAGGACCUCAGAUUGUUGUCAAGGAUCCUCGACGAAGAACCCUGCAAGCCACCCAGACUCUACCACAUCACCAAGGAGCCUGGCUCAGGUCUAGGUAUCAGCUUUACUGCCUUAGAAGGAGAGAAAGGUCACUUCUCAGUGAAUCUGGUGAAAGGUGGCGCGGCUGAAAAGGCAGGAAUCCGCAAGGGAGAUCACCUGGUGUGGAUGAACGGAGUAAUGGUGUCCCACCUUACACACUCUGCCCUCAGUCGAAUGAUGAACAAAUGUGGAAAUAGCAUCACAAUCCUGGUGAUAGACAGUGAGAGUAAGAAAAUCUACAUGCAGAGGAAGAUGCCCAUUUUGCCCGCCAUGGCUGUACCCAACAAACUGCCCUUCAGUGCCAGAAAGCUCCGCCUAAUCUCUGGGCCGGAAGGAUAUGGAUUUCUUCUCCGGCUGGAGAAGACAUCAUCAGGAAACACUUAUCAUGUUCUGCGUGAGGUGGACAGUGGCAGUCCAGCAGAGAGGGCAGGUAUGCAGGAUGGAGAGAUCCUGCUGGAGGUCAAUGGAGAGUCAGUGGAUUCACUCAGACACGAUGAGAUUGUGGAAAGAGUGAGACUAAGUGGAAAGCAAGUCUUCAUCACCACAAUCAGCCAGUCUGGGUUGGGAUUUUACAACCAACUGGGCUUGUCUCCUCUUCUGUUCUGUGACAGUGAAACAGCUGAGAAAAAAAUGGAGGAAAUGAAUGUUGAGCUAUCUCCAAAGGGAAACAAUGGCUUGAGCGGUUCUAGACUCUGCACAGUCGAAAAAGAUCCACUUGGAUUCGGCUUUCGUCUGGACUCUCUCCCACAGAGACAUGAGACUUUCAUCAGUGAGGUGGGUUCUGGAGGUUCUGGACAGAGAGCAGGACUGGCUGUGGGAGAUGUUGUGUUGGAAGUUAAUGGCAAAAAUGUAGAAGAGAAAUAUCUGGCUGAUGUGAUUACUCUGGUGAAAAAUGGAGGGAGCUGUAUUUCUUUAUUAGUUAUGGACCAGACAAGCUAUGACAAACAGAAAGAGGAAGAGAGACCAGCGUCUAAUGUCACCGACAGCGAGGAGGAAGACGAUUUUGAGAUUUCAUUUUUGUGAGCGUGAACAAUUUUGAAGACUUUCCCCAGCACUAUACACCAGUUUGAAGACUUUAUAAAGAGAGCUGAAGAUGGCAAGAAACUUUUGCUAUUGUCACACCCCAGGGAUUCAAAGCAAAUCCAAACAAAACUGACAAGACAUGUUAAAAAUGAAUCAGUUUUAACAAUAUGUUAUUUGUGAUGGCAUGAGAAUGCCAUUGUGUUCAGUAUUAUAGGUUAGGAGAGUUUUGGUCUGAUAAAUUACCUCAAUUUAAUAUAGCACAAGAACUGCCUCGCAGCAACCAUCUGAGGAAACAAACACUUCACACGUUGGACAAUAAUUUAUUAAAAGCGAUUACAAAAGUAGUAAAUAAAUAUUUGAAAGAACUCUAGGAAAGUUAUAUACCAGUAUUUUCUGAGAUUGUAGCAAAUAAGGUGGUGGUGAGCACUAUAGUUUUUUUACUCUGUUAUUAAAUGCAUAUAUCUUCGGUUUAUCUUGUGUUAUGUAACUGAUGUUACAGAUACUGUUGUGUAAAAUUACAAUAAAUAAUUACAUUCCUUCA